AUGAACACCACAAAACUAAACGAGAUUUUGGCUCAUGAAGUUGUGGAUGAGGCUGGGGUCUGGAAAAAGAAGCUUAGCCCCCAGUGUCUGGAGCUUUUUGAUUUUCUACCACCAGCAAUUCAGGAACAAUUGAUGCUCGAGAGAGAUCCUCACGGGAAUGUCCAGGUUGCGAAAAUUGAAACCGAGAAAAUGCUUAUUCAAAUGGUUGAAACUGAGUUGGAGGCAAGGAAGCAGAUGUCCCGCUUACAAAGGUCAAUUCAAGGGACAGUCUCACUUUUUUGGAUUUACUGGAUAUGGUUGUCUUUUCCUCCUUCGCUCCAUGAUUUGAUAAGUGAAGCUUUCACUUACUUUGAAUUUGGAGUUUUCUUGUGGUCGAGUGUUCGAGCAAGGGAUAAGGUUCAUUUGCUUGUAAACAAGAUGAUGAUUGACAAUCAAGUUCAUGUUGUGGGAGAAGGGUAUCUAAUUCUCAAAUCUUAG